AUGGAGUUCGCGCGAUUAAACUGGCCGAUGUUUUCACAAACACCGAAACUACGAAGCGGCCACAAACACAAGGCGGAGCCGCGAACGGAAAAGCCGCCACCACCACGCGGUCGCAGACAGAUUUACCCCCCUCUGCCCGCGGAGACACAAAGGAGGCGCCCGGCGGCCCACAGCCAGCGCGGCCGGCGGUGCGGGGCAGCCGUGCCGCCAAAGGGACUCCGCCGCGACCGCCCCAGAGAGCGGCAGGCCGUGACGCGGGGCGCUCUCCAGGCGGCCCCGGAAGCCGCCUGCGCACACGCCGCGGCCGGGAGCGCCCUGCCCUCCGCCCACCACAAUGCCCGACAUCUCGCCCCGGGCACAGGGUUACCAAGGGCAGGCGCAGGAAGGCGGCAGCCGUUUCCCGCCCGUGGAGAGCACCCGCUAGCGCUACCGGCCUCAGCGAGCCAUGCUGGCCAGGCUACAGGCCCCAGGGCCGCCCGCGGGGACGCUGGGAAACCUUCUCGUCUUCCCCCCAAGGCGGGAGAGGCCUCUGCGGCCCGCAACUGCCCGCAGCCGCCUGAGGGGCUACUCCGAGCAGCAACUGAGACAGCAACAUCCCGCUCUGCCCCUUAUGCACGCAGCGCUAACCCCGUUCCAUCGCCCUCCCUGUGGGAGUCCACGGGAGCCCCGGGGCGCGGCGGUGGAGGGUCCCUGGGUAUGAGACCCCACGACAGAGGUGGCGCGGGACUCUCGCACCGCUGUGUCAUGCAGCCGCGCCGAGAGGGGCACGAUAGCGGCUCUGCUGGUCCCAGCAAGGCCCGGCCCGGCCUGCGCCCGUCCCCCCACCGCCCAACUCGAGCGUGCGCGCAGCGCCCCCUCCUCGCCGGCCCCAGCUACGUCUCGCUGCGGGCUGCGCGUACCUGCGCCCACCGCCGGCCCCGCCGCGUACAGGAGAAAAAGGGGAGCAACCGCCAACGCGCAGAUCCACCACCGCUAAUAGGCGAUUGGCCCCGUCGCCUCCCCCUUGCGCGGGCCUGCCGCCUCUCCAUUGGGCGAGGCCGCUGCCCGUCAGGGCAAAGGGGCGGCCCCCGCUCCGCUCCACCCCGCCCUCCGUGA